AUGGAUGAACGGCGUUCACGCCACUCAGCGCGACGAUCGCACAAGAAGGUCCGUACGGGGUGCAAGAAUUGCAAAGCCAGAAAGGUCAAGUGCGACGAAAAGAAGCCCGAGUGUACGCAAUGCCUCAAGUAUGGCGUCCUUUGCGACUCAGAUACUGCGGUCUCGGCGCCGGCAGAGCCCGAGCCCGAGCCGCCAACGUCCGAGCCCGAGAUGGAGCUCGACAUGUUGGACCUUGAGCUCAUGUUCCAUUGGAGCACCGAGACGUGCACGACGCUGACACGCAACCCAACGGUCAACAAGUUCUGGCAGAUCAACGUGCCCAAAAUCGGGUUCCGUUGCGACUACGUCAUGCGUAGCAUGCUGUCGCUGGCGGCGCUGCACAUGGCGUACGUCUGUCCGUCGCGGGAGGCCGAGCUGCUCGAGAGGUCGGUGCGGCAUCACGAAGUGGCCACGCGCGGCGUCGCCGCUGUCGUGACGAGUGUCGAACAGGUAUCGCGGGCCGGCGAUCAACAGCUGGCGGACGAUCUCUUUCUCUUCUCCAUCCUGACCAUGUUUUAUGCCAUGUCCAACUCACGCGAUCCCGGCGAUGUUCUCCUUGGGACCACCAGCCAGGGGCCAGACUGGAUCCUGCUCUUCACAGGCACGCGCCAUCUCGGCGGUGUCAGCAACUCGGGCCACCAUCCCACGAGCCCUCUCUAUCCUCUCAUCCGCGUCGCCAUCUUCCGGUGGACGCUGACGCAGAAGACGUACACGCACCCGUACCUCGACCCGCUGCGCGCGCGGCUCGCGGCCGCCACUCACAUCCCCGCCGACGUCCGCGCCGUCUACGACAAGGCGGUGCACGCGCUGCACCAGUCGUUUGGUCUGUUUUACGUCGAGAAAGACGAGUUGCUCGAGGGGUCGAUCGACCUGUUUAUCUGGGUCGGCAACGUGAUUGAGGACUUCCUGCCGAUGCUCCGAGAGGAGGCGCCCCGUCAGGAGGCGCUCGUCAUUUUCAGUUACUUCUGCAUGCUGCCGAAGAAGCUGCCGCGGCAGUGGUGGCUGAACCGGUGGGCGGACAGUAUCAAGAUUCGGACGUAUGAGCUGCUGGAUGCCGAGCACCGGACGUGGGUUGUCGAGCCGACGAUGAUCGAUGGAGGUGGAUGA